AUGUCGCCAGGGGCCACAGCUGGGCGCUCAGUCCGGGUUUCCCUCGUGGGCAGUAGGCACCUGCUUUCUUGGGCCUCGCAGCGGACGUCUUUCGUCAUUAACCAACGAGGCACAGAUUCGCGGACAGCGGACCCUAAGACAUGCCCUCGUUCGCCACCUAGUGGCUCCCGGAGUCGAGGUCCCACCGCCCGUUGGCCUGGCCCGUCAGCCCCUGAUCUGCGCAUGAGCAAAACAUGCCGUACGUCCACUUCCAGGCGAGGGGCGACCCCUGGUGGUGAAAGCGAGGAGGUGCUGGAGGCGGGACCUGCGUGGGCCGUGUCGUCGUGGAGCAGCCGAGAAACUGCUCGGUCGGGCGCGGCGCUUUCGCAGCCGGGCGGCGGAGAGAUGGAGCCAACUCCCGACUGUCAGGCAGCGGCCACGAAGGCACCGGAGGCUGCCGCGCAGUCUUCGGCACCCAAGGACUACGACAGCAAGUGCGUGUUUUGUCGCAUCGCCGGGCAGCAGGACGCGAACACGGAGCUGCUGCACUGCGAGAACAAGGACCUCGUCUGCUUCAGAGAUAUCAGGCCAGCGGCGCCUCAUCAUUACCUUGUGGUGCCAAAGAGGCAUCUCGGCAAUUGUAAGGAGCUGAAGAAAGAUCACGUAGAGUUGGUUGAGAGCAUGGUAGCUGUUGGAAAAGCCAUUCUUGAAAGGAAUAAUUUCACUGACUUCACAGAUGUGAGGAUGGGAUUCCAUAUGCCACCGUUCUGUUCCAUUUCUCACUUGCACCUCCAUGUUCUGGCACCAGUCAGUCAAUUUGGCUUCUUCUCAAAGUUGGUUUAUAGAGUUAAUUCCUAUUGGUUUAUUACAGCUGAUUCUUUGAUUGAAAAGUUAAGAACAUGACAAGUUCCGCAGUGGAGAUGUUCUAACUCUUGGCUCAGUAUGAACAAAUAUUCUGGCUGCCGAAGAUUGAUUGUAAUUUUAAGG